UUUGAGGUCGACGAAUGCGUUGAUUAUACUUCCCCGACAAAAUCACCAAUGAUCCGCAUGUUUGGCAUCACAGAGGCAGGAAAUAGUGUUAUGUGUGAUGUCAAAGGAUUCUUACCUUACUUUUACGUUCCUGCACCAAUUGGAUUUAGGAAUGACGAUGUUAAGGAAUUUCAGACGGCUCUUGAGGAUGCUUACCUGCCACAAAGGCUCAUGGAUAAACUUAUGAGUUUUAUCAACUACCUAGAAAUGGCGCGCGUGACCGGAGUUCCUUUCAAUUAUCUUCUAUCACGCGGUCAGCAAAUUAAGGUCGUAUCACAAUUGUACAGAAAAGCAUUUGAGCAAGGAUUGGUGAUUCCGGCGUUGAAAUCCGAAGGCAUAAAAUUCGAAGGAGCAACUGUCAUUGAUCCCGAAAAGGGAUUUUACAAUACCCCAAUAGUGACCCUGGAUUUCAGUUCCCUGUACCCUUCGAUCAUGAUCGCUCAUAAUCUUUGCUACACAACUUUGGUUGAUGACAGAGAAAUCGAGAACUUAAAGUUGAAGUGUGAAGAAGAUUAUAUAACUACACCGUAUCUUUCAGCUCGAUUCGUGAGAGCACACCUUCGGAAAGGUUUGCUUCCAACGAUCCUGGAAGAUUUGCUUGCCGCACGUAAAAGAGCGAAAGCCGAUCUGAAAAAAGAAACCGAUCCGUUUAAGAAGGCUGUCUUAGACGGAAGGCAAUUAGCUUUGAAGAUGAGCGCAAACUCCGUCUAUGGGUUUACAGGAGCGACUGCGGGUAAAUUGCCUUGCAUUGAAAUAUCAGCAAGCGUCACUGCCUAUGGACGACAAAUGAUUGAGCGAACAAAGCAGGAGGUCGAAAGUCAUUUUUCAAUCAUCAACGGUUACAAGCAUGAUGCUCAUGUUAUAUAUGGUGACACCGAUUCGGUAAUGAUAAAAUUUGGUGUAGAAGAAUUGAACGAAGCCAUGGAAUUAGGUAGCUUUACCUCAAUUCUUUUAAACAUUUGGGUUUCCGUUAAGACCAAUCAUUUAACAACUAGGUCGAGAGGCAUCUAA